AUGGACACUUACACCGACCCCAAUUCCUUGAUCGCGCGCGUUGGUGGGCAAUGGGCAGGGGCGGAGCUGCAGCGAGACUUUCAAAGAGAGGUGGCCGAGCUCCUCGGACGACGAAACCGUUCCUUUCCAGGCGCCCAGCCGGUCUCGUUCGCCGCGCGGCAUAUCCAAGAGCUGAAACGGGAAGACUACUUUGUGUGCGAAAAGACGGAUGGAAUCCGAUAUUUGAUGUAUCUGACGGAAGACGCCGAACGAGACAUACACUACCUGAUCGACCGGAAGAACGACUAUUAUUACGUGCCCGGCCUCCAUUUCCCUCACCACGAAGACCCCACGUUCCACCGAUAUCACACGAACACGAUCCUGGACGGCGAGCUGGUGGAAGACAAAUACCCGGACCGGCCGUCGGAGAUCAAAUUCCUGGUUUUUGAUUGCCUGAUCUUGGACGGCACCAUGCUGAUGCAACGGCCGCUCGACAAACGCCUUGCCUACUUCAAGUCUCACGUCCUGCAGCCCUACCGACAGAUGUUCAAGCAGAACCCGGAGAUCGCGCGGCCGUUUGUGGUGGAGGACAAGGCGACCGAGUUCAGCUACGCGUUGGAGAAGAUGUUCAAGGAUGUGAUCCCCAAGGUGAAGCGACUGCAUGGCAACGACGGCUUGAUUUUCACCUGCAAGAACUCCCCUUACAAGACCGGCACGGACGACCACAUUCUUAAGUGGAAGCCGCCCUCGGAUAACACGGUGGAUUUCCUGCUGCACAUCACCUGGGCCAAGGCGGAGCCCGAGCCAGACGAUCCGGACCAGUCCCCGCAGGACGAUUAUUACGCCUUUCCCGAGUCUUUCGGCCUCUUCAUCUUCUGCGGGAACGACGGCCAGUAUGCACCGGUGGGCGAACUUCACGUGGAACCUGCCGAGUGGGAGACGUGGAAAGGCUUGAAUCGCCCACUUCAAGACUGCAUCGUCGAAUGUUUCCAAGAGGAUGUCGGCGCCAACCCACCACCACCCCAGUCCAACGGGUUCGCAAAUGGGUCCCACGGCCUAGAUCAUUCCCGACGCUGGCGAUUCCACCGGUUUCGAGACGACAAAACCGACGCCAACCAUAUCACCACUUUCCAGAGUGUCAUCGAGUCCAUCAGUGACCAUGUCACUGAGGAAGAUCUGUUGGCUCACGCAGAUGAAAUCCGAAAGGCAUGGAAGCAGCGCGAUUCGGAAACCAAGAAGAGAGAGGCUGCAAAGCGAGCUCAACCAGGUCAACCAGGCCAACCGUGGCCAAAGCAUGGUUGA